GCACCGACCGACCAACCAAGCCAAGGGUUGAAUCACUCUCUCAACUCUCAGUAGCCCCGUAUACCCAGCACUAAGUGAGUCAGUUGUUGCGCUGAAAUAAAUCGGCCCAUGUGUUGCUAUUGUAUUCGCCACAGAAAAAGAGGAAUUUGUCAUUUACCAUCGCUGACUUGUGAGGGAACAACUAUAUGGUGUAGAGUGUAAUUCGUUUCACGUCUGGCAACAGUGCUUGGUGACAUACCAAAUAUGUGAGUGGCUUUAGAAGCAAGUCUUUCUCUCUGACUCACAUGUUGCAAUAAAGCAAGUGGAUUGCUCAUGAUGUUUGUGCAUAGGGCUACUUGAGGAGCUGCCUCAGCGAUGCUCUGAGAAAAUCAUUCAGUGUUAAGUGGAGAAAAAUACCGUUAGAUUUCUGCCCUUUAUCGCUCCGAGAUAUCUGGAAAGGAUUAUAGACUUGCAGCACUUUAUUUUAUAAGGGUCACCACGUAACAAAAGAAGAAUAUUGGCUACUUUGUAAAGACCAGUUGGGCCAGGCAGGCUCCCAACUUUAGUGGUCAAGUCCUGCUUGUGUUUGAUUUUACAAAACGGUCCUGUGGCCAAUAAAUUGUAUAUUUGGAAGUCAUGGGAGAAGUGGAUAAACCGUUUGGAUGUCCUCAGCCUGGCUGCGGAAUGAGUUUUACCAAUGAAGAUCAUUUAAUGGUGCAUCGCCGGCGUCAUGAAAUGCAACUCAUGGUAAAUGGGGACCAUCAGACACCAUCUCUAGUCAAACAUGGAUUUAUCAUUGACCAGACCCCAACCCCAACAAGAUUCCUACGUCAGUGUGAGGAAGUAGGACUGUUCCAAGAGAUUAGCCUUAAUCCAUUUGAUGAACAGUUCAGAAGAGCUUCACUUUGAGGUCAACAGCACUCGGUUACAGAGGUCAUAGGAGGCAAUGCUGGAGAAAGCCUUAAUACACCAAGAGUUCUACCACCUGUUGAUUCAGAUGAAACAAUAUCCUCCACUUCACGUGAUGAUAUAUCAGGAACUUCCAAUGCUGCUACUUCCAUUAAUUCAACACGCAGUAUAACACCAUCUUGUGUGAAUCAGACUAGUUACACACAGCCUCAACCAUCCGCAAGAGUGGAAGAGAUAGAAGAAGAUCCUUUGAAAGUAGAGGAGAGUCCCCGUCGUUUGUCACUGAAUGUCACUUCAGCCUCAGAAGCUGGACAAAAUACUAGUUCAGUGAUAUCAACCCCAACUCCGGUGAUUACAGCUGGGUAUGUAGGUCCAUUAUUCUUAG